AUGGGGCCUUUAGACAUUUUAGGAAGUGAAAACUUUAAGAAGAACACCUGGGUAAAGGUGGAGAUCCCAAACCUCCUCCAAGACCCAGUGCUCAACAGGUACUCCUUUACCUUAUCUCAUUUGUAAGUUAGUAGCUAGUAUGAGUACGGUAAGUAGAUUAAUAUUUUAAAUAUUCAAUUAUUGUUUAUUAUUAUUAUUAUUAUUAUUUUGAUAGAAUAAAUAAACAAGAAAAAGAAAAAAAGGAUGUGACGUAUAUUGUAUUUGGGUAAUGCCAGACAUGUUAUUUCAGACUUCACCACCAGGGGUCAGACUGUCCUAGCAUGUAAGUCACUUACCUCUUAAGCGUAUUUCUGCUCUCUCUCUCUCUCUCUCUCUCUCCACUAUGUGUGUGUGUAUAGGUUCAUCAUUUCCAGCUCCACUCCUCGCAAAAACACCGAUCUGCAGCUAAAGUAUUUCAGAAGCAAAGAAGGAUGUGGAUAAAGGAACCAUGCAUUCUGACAUGUUCCUGCUGAGAAGGGAAGGCAAAGAGGAGCACGAAAAGUGGACGUGGAUGUGAGUAAAACCUUCAGGAGUCAAGCCCCCUCCUCGGGCUGGCUUCUCUCUGGCGGUGGGCCCUGGGGGCUGAGCACUGCUCUUCGGUGGCGUCUGUGAUGGGGAAGAUGAGGAGUCUCUGGAAGGAGACUUUUUUUAAUGACCUUUACUUUUAUGAUAUCAACAAAAACCGGUGGUUUCCUGCCCAACUAAAGCUAGGGCAACAAGUCAGAAAAGAAGAAGAGGCGCAGUGGGAAGAUGGAAGAACAGACGAAUGAAACUGAAGGGGAGAAAGAGGAGGCACAAGGUCCCACUGAGAUUAUUAAAGAAAUCGUGGCCGAGGAUGGAACAGUUAUGACCAUCAAGGAAGUGAUUCCACAGGCAGAGGAGGACAGUGAGGAGGAGGUUGACGAAGAGGAGGCGGCUACAAUGGCUCCCUUGGUGGAACCCUGUCCUUGCUCCAGCGCCAUGGCAACGGUGAAGCAUGAGAUGCAGGACUGGCUGGAAGAAUCCGGAUCAGAAGUUGAAGAAGAAGAAGAAGCAGCAAAGGGAGGUGAUGAUGAGGAAGAGGGGGAAUCCAAAGAGGAGAGUGAAGAAGUUUCGUCUCUGAUUUUGGGGCAGAAAGGCUGCUGGAUGCCAAGACCAGCACUUGGACCACAAAUUCAUCAUUGGCAUGCCCGAUCAGACCUGUUCCACUGUGUAUCAUGGUGUUUUGGCCAAUAAGGUAAAAGAUUUUAACACACUCUUAUGACAAUUUGUAAAUAUGUUGGUAAUUAGUUGGUGAAUUUAUCUAAUUCGUAAGAUCUGCUUAUCCUCCUUUGAAGUAUAUUCUCAUGGUGAAAUUUUACUUAAAAUGCUAGGUUUUUGUACAAGUUAGAUUGAUCAAAUUGAUACAAAAUCACCAAUUCGUACAAUCGUACAAAUUCAUACAUUCUCACAAAUUUGCAUUAAAAUGUGUCGAACAAGUCCCAAUUAAAUUUUGUAUUUUUUACGCCGCAUCCAAAACUACUUGCACACUUUUCCGUACAUUUUUCCCAAUAAAGUUAUCUAUGCAAAACUAAAACAUACGUUAGCAUGCAACAUGUUUUUUUUCUUUUACUUUUAGAAAAACAAGGCAGUCGGCACUUUUCAGACAUCUUGCAAAUAGCUAAAAAAGUUUUUUUUUUUUCUUUUAUCAAUAAAUAUUAGUUUUUUGAAAGCAGCAUUUGGGAAAAAAAAAACGUUAACAGUCUCUUGAAUGUCUGGUCGGGAACGCCAGCAUCUCGCGCAGCAUGUGGCUUUCGGGUGUGCAUGGUGAGGUCGGCAGGUGCUCGCACGUUCUCGUCAUUUCAUCAAAGAGAGUAAGGUGGCGCUGUAAUGAUGGUGACCUCACAGAAUGUCAUGUGCCAGUCCUCUUACAACUUUCAAUUUUUUUAAACUAAAAUAUGCUGCAGAAAAGCUCAAACUUGCGAUAGUGCUUUCAAAGAUCGAACCCAUGCUACGUUGUGUUGAAUGUACAGCGUAUAAUCUUACAUGCUGGACCUGAAAAAAAAAUGGACUCUAACUGUGUUAUGAUUUAUUCUUAGGAAGAAAAAAAAAAGGUUUCAUUUGGAGCAAGAUUAAUGAUAAAGCCCUUUCAGAUCGUAGAACUUUUGGAUCUGGGAAUUUUUCCAAAUGCAUCUGGGUCAGAUUCGCCCGAGUACAAAUGUUGCAGAUGCUGAAACGCUGGUGGCGCUGUGUCUUUGUGAUUACUAGACUUGAACUUUAACUAACCCAAUUUGGAGUGGUUGUGCUUGUUUAGCAGACUUCUUUUCAACAUAUGCAACAUUUUUAGGCAAAUUCGAAGAUGUUUAUACAUCAAAAAGCUAUGUAGACUCAUUUUAGGUCCAUUGUAAUUACAAAGUGACUUUAAUUCUCAUUUCAGGCCCACCAUGACAUUCUGGAGUCUGCUGGUAGUUGACAUACCACACAGAAGAAAAAUGGAGGUGUACAGGAAAUGAGAGGAGCGCUUGACGUGUUAUUCCAAAGAGUGAUAAAAACAAGAACAUGGAGAAACAUAAGCAAUGCUUAGGAGAGGUGCGCGAGGGAGGCAGGUGGGGUUAGACGGGGGCCGUUUCCCAUCACUUUGAACCUGUUGACGUCAUAGCUGUGUAAUGCUGCCGUUACCCAAAAAGAUGUUGAUGGUGGUCGCCCUUCACCCUUAGGCCACCUUGCACACCCUCCCUCACCAAAGCCACAGUUCAAAUUACUCCAACACCCAAAUACAAACCAAACCCAAACGAAAACUGAAAAAAGCCACCAGCAUUGUCAAGAAAAGGCAAGUAAGAAAUAUGAAAUAAAAAAAGAGAAACAAGUCUA